GAAACUUAAAGCAGUAUUUCUCUCUGCCAUUCCCAACAAAGCGAUCUUCAGAGACGCCUUCUUCUUCUUCUUCCAUCAAGGGCCGAUAGAAGGAAACCCUAAUUUCAUCUCCGAUAGGAAAAUUCCCCGUCUCCGGUUUGCGAUUCUCUGUCUGUAACCAUCCGGCGGUCAAACAUGGCGGCACAAAACAGUUUUAGGGAGCUCUUCGUUGCUUCGUUAACCCUGGCCUUAGCUUUGAUUCGCAUGGCUGAGGCUAACUCCGAGGGCGACGCUCUUUACGCGCUUCGUCGGAGCUUGUCGGAUCCAAACAACGUGCUUCAGAGCUGGGAUCCGACGCUUGUUAACCCCUGUACCUGGUUCCAUGUUACCUGUAACCAAGACAGCCGCGUCACUCGAGUGGAUUUGGGUAACUCGAACCUAUCUGGACAUCUUGUGCCUGAACUUGGAAAGCUUGAACAUCUACAGUAUCUGGAGCUUUACAAAAACAACAUACAAGGAACUAUACCUUCUGAACUUGGAAAUCUGAAUAGCCUCAUCAGUUUGGACUUGUACAACAACAAUCUCACAGGGAAAAUUCCUCCCUCGUUGGGGAAAUUAAAGUCUCUUGUCUUCUUACGGCUUAAUGAUAACCGAUUGGCUGGUCCGAUUCCUCGGGAACUCACGGGUAUCUCAAGCCUCAAAGUUGUAGAUGUCUCAACCAAUGAUUUAUGUGGAACAAUUCCAACCUCAGGCUCUUUUGAACACCUUCCUCUGGAGAACUUUGAGAACGACCCGCGGCUAGAGGGGCCAGAACUGCUUGGCCUAGCAAGCUAUGACACCAACUGCAACUGAAAGAACCCGAACCCGAACCCGAAAAAUCCAGUGGGGUGACCUUGUAAGAACUCAUGACCCUUUUACAUUAUGAAUAUAUAUAUAUAUAUAUGUGUGUGUGUGUGUGUGUGUACUAUAAGAAGAAGAGAAUUUAGAAAUGUUAUCGUAUUAAGAAGAGGUGUACUUGGAGAAAAAUCCUCUUGGUGUAUGUAUAUCGUAUUGUUAGUGUCUGUCUUUGCGUUUGUCUUCAUUGUAAGCCAUUCAAUCUUAUUUUGCAUGGCCUUUGGUAUUGUAAUAUGACACUUUAAAACCCAAAAAAUAUUUGGUAACAUAAAUGGUUUCUUGAUUUGGGAUUUUGGGUGGUUA